AUGUUGUCUCAUUCACUUCUAUUUGUGUGCCUUCUAACCUCAUUAGUAAAGGCGUUUUACCUACCUGGUGUGGCCCCCACUACUUAUCAUAGUAAUGAUGAAAUCCAAUUGUUGGUAAACCAUUUGACACCUUCUAUGAAUUUCCAACAUGAGGACGAAGAUGGAAACAUGGUCAAAGGUGAUAAGGAGCACUAUCUUUAUUCCUACGAUUAUUACUACAGUAAAUUUCACUUCUGUAAACCUGAAAAUGUGGUUAGGCAGCCAGCAUCAUUAGGUUCGGUUAUAUUUGGUGAUAGAAUCUUCAAUUCUCCAUUCAAGCUAAAUAUGCUUGAAGAGAAGGAAUGUGUACCGUUGUGUUCGUCAAGGAUCCCCGGUGAGGACGCUAAGUUUGUCAAUAAGUUGAUUAAGAAUGGAUUUAUGCAAAAUUGGUUAAUCGAUGGGUUACCCGCUGGUAGAGAAAUUCAUGACAGUAGAACCAACAGUAACUUUUACGGUACCGGAUUUCAAUUGGGAUUCGUGGAUGUUACAGAGGGUUUUUCCGAUUCGAAUGAUGAAGAAAAAAAAAUUAUGAAAACUCUGGAAGUUCCAUAUUUAGCUAACCAUUACGAUAUCAACAUUGAAUAUCACGAUCGUGGUAACGAUAAUUACCGUGUUGUGGGAGUUACUGUGGAUCCAGUCUCCAUUAAGCGUUCUUCUUCAGACUCUUGUCAGUACAACUCUGGCUCUUUAACCUUGAGUGAAACAGAAGAAAACGAAGUUCAUUUCACUUAUUCUGUGAAAUUUAUCAAGAGUGAUACCGUUUGGGCCACUAGAUGGGAUAAAUAUUUGCACGUUUAUGAUCCAACUAUUCAGUGGUUCUCGUUGAUCAAUUGUUCCGUCAUCGUUGUGGCACUUUCCUCUGUGGUAUUACACAUGUUAUUACGUGCCCUAAAGAAUGAUUUGUCGCGUUAUAAUGAAUUCAAUUUGGAUAACGAAUUCCAUGAGGAUUCCGGCUGGAAGUUGAGUCAUGGUGACGUUUUCCGUAUUCCUCCCAGAUCAUUGCUUUUAUCGAUUCUAGUUGGUUCAGGUGUGCAGUUAUUUUUGAUGAUUGCAUGUAGUAUCAUUUUUGCCGCCCUUGGAUUCCUAUCGCCAUCUUCUAGAGGUUCUUUACCUACUGUGAUGUUUCUCCUAUACGCUCUGUUUGGAUUUGUUGGUUCCUAUACAUCAAUGGCCAUUUACAAAUUCUUCAAGGGUCCUCUUUGGAAAGUUAACUUGCUUUUAACCCCAGUGUUAGUUCCAGGUGGUAUAUUCGUAACCAUCAUUUUAUUGAAUUUCUUCCUCGUAUUCGUACGUUCUUCAGGUGCAAUUCCUGCUGGUACUUUGUUUACUAUCAUAUUAUUGUGGUUUGUAUUUUCUAUUCCGUUAUCAUUUGCAGGUUCUUUGAUUGCUCAUAAGAGAUGUCGUUUAGAUAAUCAUCCAACAAAGACAAACCAAAUUGCAAGACAGAUUCCUAUUCAACCAUGGUAUUUGAAAACUAUCCCAGUCUCAUUAAUUGCAGGUGUUUUCCCCUUUGCAUCUAUUGCAGUCGAAUUGUAUUUCAUCUAUACCAGUUUGUGGUUUAACAAAAUUUUCUACAUGUUCGGAUUCCUGUUGUUUUCAUUCUUAUUAUUAACUUUUACUACAGCUUUGGUCACUAUUUUAACUACCUACCACUCUCUAUGUUUGGAAAACUGGAAAUGGCAAUGGAGAUCAUUCAUCAUCGGUGGAUGUGGUUGUGCAAUUUACGUUUUCAUCCAUUCCAUCCUUUUCACUAAAUUUAAAUUAGGCGGAUUCACAACAGUCGUUCUCUAUUUGGGUUAUUCCGGUUUAAUUUCUGUUUUAUGUUGCAUCGUUACUGGUUCAAUUGGAUUUAUCAGUAGCAUGUUCUUCAUUAGAAAGAUUUACUCUUCGGUUAAAGUAGAUUGA